AUGGAGGUCGUGGACACUACCGAACGGCUAUGGUCGUUGCGGCAGCUCAUGAAGAAACAUGAGGUCGAUGUUUACAUCGUCCCUUCGGAAGAUGCCCACCAAUCCGAGUACAUUGCAGCUUGUGACGCACGCCGAGAAUUUAUCUCGGGAUUCUCAGGCUCUGCCGGUACUGCGGUAAUCUCUCAAAGCAAGGCUGCUUUGUCUACUGAUGGAAGAUAUUUCAACCAGGCUGCGAAGCAACUGGACAGCAAUUGGACUCUGCUCAAGGCCGGAGUUGAGGGUGUUCCUACGUGGCAGGAUUGGGCGUUUGAGCAAGCUCAAGUUGGCAAGACUGUCGGUGUCGAUCCGUCCUUGAUCACUGCCUCUGGAGCAAGAAAGUUGAUCGAUAAACUCGGGAAAGACGGCGCAUCCUCGUCACUGGUAAUGGUGGAGCAAAAUCUGAUUGACGUGGUUUGGGGUGUAAAUCGUCCUCAACGCCCUUGCGAAAAAUUGAGAGUCCAUCCAGUGAAAUAUGCUGGCAAAAAGUUUCAGGAAAAGAUUUCUGAUCUGCGCAAGGAACUUGAGACCAGGAAGAGAGCUGGAAUUAUCAUCUCUACACUCGAUGAGAUUGCCUGGCUUUUUAACUUGCGAGGAUCGGACAUUCCCUACAAUCCCGUGUUCUUUGCCUAUGCUGUCGUUACCCAGACUGCUGCAACGAUUUAUGGCGACAUGAAACAGCUUAGUACACCCGAAAUACUGGCUCAUCUUGGAGAUGAUGUUACCCUAAAGCCGUACGACACCAUCAUUCAAGAUUCCAGAUCCUGGAGCCAGGCCCGGGAUCAAUAUACUGAGAAGGUUCUACUAUCAAAUAAGACAUCAUGGGCACUCAGUCACAGCCUGGGUGAUGAUGUCGAAGAAGCUCGCAGCCCGAUCGGAGAUGCGAAGUCUGUAAAGAAUGAGGUUGAACUGGAAGGAAUGCGGGCUUGCCAUGUCCGAGAUGGCGCUGCUUUGACCGAAUAUUUUGCUUGGCUGGAAAAUGAGCUUGUCAACAAGAAGACCGUAUUGGACGAAGUUGAUGCCGCUGACAGACUGGAGGCCAUUCGUUCGAAGCACGAACUAUUUGCUGGUCUUUCAUUUGAUACAAUCUCGUCCACUGGCCCCAACGGUGCCGUGAUACACUACAAGCCCGAGAAAGGUAGUUGUGCGAUCAUUGACCCUAACGCCAUCUAUCUCUGUGAUUCUGGGGCCCAGUAUUAUGACGGAACGACUGAUACUACCCGAACAUUCCACUUUGGACAACCGACUGAGUUUGAGAAGUACGCUUUCACUUUGGUUCUCAAGGGUCUUAUCGGAAUCGACACGGCCGUAUUCCCGAAGGGAACCACUGGCUUUGCGAUUGAUAUUCUUGCUCGUCAGUAUCUUUGGAAAGAAGGUCUUGACUUCUUGCAUGGAACAGGUCAUGGCGUCGGCUCUUAUCUGAAUGUUCAUGAAGGACCUAUGGGCAUCGGUAGCCGUCCCCACUAUGCCGAAGUUCCAAUCGCCGCUGGAAAUGUGAUCUCCGAUGAACCCGGGUACUACGAGGAUGGCAAGUUCGGCAUCCGAAUUGAGAAUAUCGUCAUGGCUCGGGAGGUCAAAACUCUCCACAAAUUUGCCAACAAGCAAUGGUUGGGCUUCGAACAUGUUACUAUGACCCCAAUUGGACGCAAUUUGAUCGAGCCCUCGUUGCUAACCAGCGCCGAAAUCAAAUGGGUCAACGACUACCAUACUGAAAUCUGGGAUAAGACGCACCACUUCUUCAAGGAGGAUGAGUUGAGCCGAAAGUGGCUCGAGCGUGAGACCCAGCCAAUUUAA